UUGGUUAUGUUUAAGUAGAACUGGUACUACUUCGCAGAAUGAAGCUUCGAAACCUUUACGAAUCUUUUGUUUCAAAUCAGUGGUUUGAAGAUCAUAAUCUUUUUUUUUUUUUUUUUUUUGGUAUUUUAGACUCUAAUGGACUUUAUAUGUUUACAUUUUAAAAUUAGAAAAAAAAACCUAACUUUUAUAAGAUAUAUAUGCACUUUAAUAUUGGCACAUGUAUAAAACAUUAUUUUUGAACUCCUUUUAAUAUGUUUAUCACAUAUUUGCAUUUUAAUAUUAGGAUAUGUUAUGCUUUCUGAACCCAAGACGUAGUCUCAUGCUCUUUUCAGCACAUCAUGGACAACAAAAUAAUUUAAUUAGGCAUUUCGACAAGAUUUCAAAUCUCAAUUCAGGACUUUUAUUUUAGUCUGUCGAUACGACGUCACAAGGGGACGCCGCUUCUGCGUCUGUUUGCAUUCUGCUGAAGAAAGGACAGAGUGUCCAAACACACAGAAAAACUCCUGGUGAAGCGACUGAGAUCCACAUUACACUAUUAUAAAGAUGGCUUUUAUUAAAGAGGAGAGUGAAGAUGUGAAGAUUGAAGAAACAUUCAGAGUGAAGCAUGAAGAUACUGAGGAACAAACAGACUUGAUGCAGCUGAAAGAAGAGAGUGAAGUACUGGAUGAAAUGGAAGAGAAAGAUCAGUAUGAGAAACAUUGUGAUUUCAUAACUGGAGAAAAAUCUUUUAGUUGCUCGCAGACCAAAAAGGCUUCCUCACGAAAAAAACCUGUGAAAAAGACCGUAUCUAGAAGUCGUUACACAUGCCAACAGUGUGGAAAGAGUUUUGAUCAAUAUGGAAACCUUAAAGUACACAUGAGAAUUCACACUGGAGAGAAGCCUUUCACCUGCCAACAGUGUGGAAAAAGUUUCACUCAAAAAGGAGGUCUUAAUAUCCAUUUGAGAAUUCACACUGGAGAGAGUCCUUACACAUGCAAACAGUGUGGAAAAAGUUUCACUCAAAUGGGAAGCCUUAAAGUCCACAUGAGAAUUCACUCUGGAGAGAAGUCUUUCAACUGCCAACAUUGUGAAAAAAAAUUCAUUCGAAAAGGAGGCCUUAAAAGCCACAUGAGACUUCACACUGGAGAGAAGCCUUAUACUUGCACACUGUGUGAAAAUAGUUUUACACAUAAAAAAAGCCUUGAUUCCCACAUGACAAGUCACACUGGAGAGAGCUUAUACUCCUGCACUCUGUGUGAGAAGAGCUUCUCACGAAAAGAAAGUAUUAAGAAUCACAUGAAAAUUCACACUGGAGAAAAGGCAUUUGUAUGUGGUCAGUGUGGGAAGAGUUUCACACAUAAACCCACCCUUGACUACCACAUGAGAAGUCACACUGGAGAGAAGCCUUUCACCUGCAAAUUUUGUGAGAAGAGCUUCUCACAAAAAGGAAAUCUUACGGCCCACAUGAGAAGUCACACAGGAGAAAAGCCAUUCAUAUGUGGUCAAUGUGGAAAAAGUUUCAGAAGUAAAGUAAACCUUAAUUUACACAUGAGGGUUCACUCGAGAGAGCUGUUUUGAAUGUCAUCAGUGUGGAAGGAGUUUCACAAAAGGAAAUCUUUAAAAAUAUGUAUGUGUGAAUUUAAAGGCACAAUAUGUAUUUUUUUCACCACUAGAGGUCACUUAUUCAAAAUUAUGGGAGGUGUUGUCUUCAUGCCUACAUCCGAUGGAAAAGAAUCCACCAUCCUAGUUUUCUGUUGAUGAAUGUAUCCAAACAGUUGCUCACCUUUUCUAAUAAAACACAUAACAUAUUAAAGCAU